AUGCGUGCAUCACCCUCGUCUUCACAGCCACACCCAGUCUAUCCUUGUGUCGCUUUGGCUUGUCCAAACUGUCAUGUAAGUGCUAAUUUCGGGCAACAUAAAUUCACCUUCAAUAUCGGACAAUAUAUUGCACGCGAACGAACCGUCGUAGUUAGCAUGGCUGUGGAUCGGAAAUGCAACGAACAGUUGGCCCACGUAACCAUGCGAAACUUGGUUGCUGCGUAUAUGCUACAUAAUGGCUACUUGGAAUCGGCACGCGCUCUGGGCGGUUGGAUCGCCAAAGCAAAUGUGGACGCUAGUCUUUACACAUCUGUCGAAAGUGUCGGUGCAGAUCCUCCACGAAAUGGUCAAACCGUCAAAGAACAACGAGAUUCAGACGAUGCACGAAAUCUGAUGUUUGAUAUUUAUAAGAUGAAUUCUUCCGAUCUCGCUGGAUUUCCUAAGCCCGCGCUAAAUGGCCAUAAAUACAAGUCCCCGGAAAUUCAACCGAACAAUGAAAUGACAGACCUUUUUCAGUGGCCCGAGGCCACUGAAUUGUUGCUGAAACGUCGACACCUGCGCGAUACUAUCCGAGCUGGUGACUAUUUGUCCGCAUUGGAGCAAUUGGAAACAAAUUUUCGAAGUCUUUCUGACCAAGAUCCCUCGAUUUCUUUUGUACUACGCUGUCAUCACUUUAUUGAUCUUGUCAACAAAUCACAUACUCCUAAUCCUUGUGUUGUACUUGGUGCGUCAGUCCCAAGCACAUUACGACGGACCAUUUUGACCGAAGAUGACCCGGGAGACGGUAGACGACUGACAAAGGUCAAAUUCUGA